AUGUUGCAUGAUGCACCAGUUUUUUUCUUUCUUUUCUUUUCUUUUCUUUUCUUUUCUUUUCUUUCUUUUCUCUUCUCUUUCUUUUCUCUUCUCUUUCUUUUCUCUUCUCUUUCUUUUCUCUUCUCUUUCUUUUCUCUUCUCUUUCUUUUCUCUUCUCUUUCUUUUCACUUCUCUUCUCUUCUUUUCUCUUCUCUUCUCUUCUUUUCAUCUCUUCUCUCUAUCUCUUCUCUCUAUCUCUUCUCUUUCUCUCUUCUCUCUAUCUCUUCUCUCUAUCUCUUCUCUCUAUCUCUUCUCUCUAUCUCUUCUCUCUAUCUCUUCUCUCUAUCUCUUCUCUCUAUCUCUUCUCUCUAUCUCUUCUCUCUAUCUCUUCUCUCUAUCUCUUCUCUCUAUCUUCUUCUCUCUCUCUCUCUUCUCUCUAUCUCUUCUCUCUAUCUCUUCUCUCCCCCUCUUCUCUCUCUCUCUUCUCUCUAUCUCUUCUCUCUAUCUCUUCUCUCUCUCUCUCUUCUCUCUAUCUCUUCUCUCUAUCUCUUCUCUCUAUCUCUUCUCUCUAUCUCUUUCUCUCUAUCUCUUUCUCUCUUUAUCUUUUCUCUCUCUCUUUCUUUCUCUCUUUCUCUUUAG